UGCGCCAAUGACUGCACCUAUUAUUUUGUUCUCCCGAAGCAAGAAACGAAGAGCCGCCCAAACGCGCGCUGAUCAAUAUAAAAUAUUAACACGCGGAAACAGAUUUGCUCGUUAACAAAUGUUUUCAUACAUGGAGUUACACGACACAUAACGCUUGUUCUCGCCAGGCUGCGGGGUCCGCCAUCAGGGGAUUGGAGGCCGAAAACACGGCAGACCGACAGGACAUGCAGAGGUGUUUUUCUAUGAAAAAGCUAUUGAGCUAAGCAGGGGGAUCGGAGGAGUAAAACGUUUAAUAGUUUUCAAGCACCCCUCCUUUGGCAGAAAGGGCUACAGCUGCUCUCAUCCACGCCGACCAGCCGUCAGGAUGGCGCACCUCCGCGACAUGCAGAAUCAGAAUUCCCGGCUUGACCCAGAGGAGUAUUUCACAAAGCAGGAGCGCAUUGGGAAGGGCUCUUUUGGUGAGGUCUACAAGGGCAUCAACAAUCGCACAAAAGAGGUGGUGGCCAUCAAGAUCAUUGACCUGGAGGAGGCAGAAGAUGAGAUUGAGGACAUUCAGCAGGAGAUCACGGUGCUCAGCCAGUGUGACAGCCCUUAUGUCACCAAAUACUAUGGCUCGUAUCUGAAGGGAACUAAGCUGUGGAUCAUCAUGGAGUAUUUAGGAGGCGGCUCUGCUUUAGAUCUUCUGAAACCAGGGACACUAGAGGAGACAUAUAUUGCCACUAUACUGAGGGAGAUUCUGAAGGGACUGGAAUACUUGCAUUCAGAGAGGAAGAUUCACCGUGAUAUCAAAGCUGCCAACGUGCUGCUGUCUGAGCAGGGAGAUGUGAAGCUGGCAGACUUUGGUGUGGCGGGACAGCUUACAGACACCCAGAUCAAGAGAAACACUUUUGUGGGAACUCCUUUCUGGAUGGCUCCAGAGGUCAUCAAACAGUCUGCUUAUGACUUUAAGGCAGACAUUUGGUCCUUGGGAAUCACAGCUAUCGAACUGGCAAAGGGGAAACCCCCAAACUCUGAACUGCACCCAAUGCGAGUGCUGUUUCUCAUUCCCAAGAACACUCCCCCGACACUGGAGGGGUCCUACAGCAAACCCUUCAAAGAGUUUGUGGAGGCCUGCCUCAAUAAAGACCCACGCUUUCGGCCCACUGCCAAGGAGUUACUGAAGCACAAAUUCAUCACACGCUACACCAAGAAAACGUCCUAUCUGACAGAGCUCAUUGACCGAUACCGGCGCUUGAAAUCUGAGGGCCACGGGGACGAUUCCAGCUCUGAUGAUUCUGAUAUGGAUGGAGAUGGGGAUGACAGAGAUCAGUGUCCUGUAUGGACGUUCCCCACAGUCCGGCCCAGCUCCAUGAACAAGCUUCAGAAGGGCUACACAAACACAGACUCAGAGGCAGCUGAGAUGGUAAAGAGGCAGCCGAAGUCAAAAUGUCUGUCAGCGCUGGUCUCUCCUAUCUUCAGAGAGUUAAAAGAGAAGAGGAGAGCAUGUGGAGGUGGAAUGGGUGCCAUAGAAGAGCUGGAGAACGCCUUUAACCUGGCAGAGGAGUCCUGCCCAGGCAUCUCUGACCUCCUGGUCACACAUAUGAUGGAGAGAGUGUGCAGGUUUGCUCUGAAUGGCAACACCACACCAUCAUCCCGGUGAAGCCCUGCCCCUGCUGCUGCUCUGCCCCAUUCUGCCCUAAACCCUCAGAGCCUGAUCAGGACCAGAACACCACUGCCCAUCCUCCCCCCUCCCCCAGAGAUCUUUUAAUUAGUUAUGAUUCAAUAUUUUUUACAGUUUUCUUUACAGAAUGGAAAGUAUUUAAGAGAAAAAAAGCCAUGUCAAUGAGUGAACUGUGUUUACUGUUAGAUCAAAAACCAUAUAAAGUCUAUGAAAAUUUCAUGUUGUGUGGUUUGCUGGUGUAUACGGCGAUAAAUACACAGGUUUUUUUUUUUGUCAUAUUUUUAAAAACAUUUUAUUUGAAAUGUAUUUACAAAAGAAAAUAUAAAAUGUACAUAAAGUCUGGUCAAGGACAACUUUUUAGACAAAUGUAAAAGUUAUAUUUUAUAUUAUACAAAAUUAUGCAUUGUGAUUGCCCAUCCUGGCUAACUGCCACUGCGAAAAAUCUGUCUUGUUUUCCCAGUAAAAAUAUCUAUACAUUAUUUCAAUGAAAAUUUACCUUAGAAAUAAAAAUCUGAAUGAGAUAUUAAAGGGAUGGUUCACCCAAAAAUUUAAAUUCUGUAAUUUUUUUCAUCAUUUAGUUCCAAACCCAUGGUUUUCUACGGAAGAGGAUUAGGGCCAAGCAAUAAUAAAAAAAUAAAACCAUCUCGAGAUUUAAAGUCAUUAUAAUGCGAGAUUAAACUUAAUCUCGCAUUAUAAUGACUUUAUUCUCGAUAUUUAGUGAGUUUAUUCUCAAGAUUGUAUUUCGAAUUUUUUCUCGAAAUUUAACGAGUUUAAUCUCGCAUUAUAAUGACUUUAAUCUCGAGAUGGCUUUAUUUUUUUUUUUUAUUGCUUGGCCCUAAUCCUCUUCCGUAGUUUUCUUUCUUUCGUGAAAAAAAUAAAUAAAAAUAGAUGCAUGGAAGAAUGUUGGCCUUGGUCACCGUUCACAUUUAUUGCAGCAUCUUUCCAGGCAAAGAAGGUGAAUGGUGACUUGUGUUGUCUUUUUUUCUAACAGCUCAUUUUGAGUUCCACAGACCAAAGAAAAUCAUACAGGUUCAAAUCAACACGGGUGUAAAUAAUUCAAAGUGAACUAUCCCUUUAAAACAUGAUUUCAGAGAAUGUAGCGUGAAUGUGUUUUUUGUCUUACAAAUAAUGUCUUGGAUCAAUUUUUUCACUUUUUGCCGCAAAUCUCGCUAAAUGUAUAAUUUUAUUUCUUAUUUAUAACAGUGUUGUAGUUAUGUUCCUGCUGCUGUCUUAUUUCAGCUUUUCAAUUAAAUCCCUGGCCUGAUUUCAUGAUUGACAGAGGUCUUUGAACUGAUUUGAGGUUGUUCUUGACAUCACUCUGUCGCUAUUGCGACGUCACAAAGACAGGAAGGAGCUAAUGAGCUCAAGCCUGUUAAUCCAUGCACAGUUAAUAGGUCAUGAUGACACAUACAUUCUUUCACAAUGCACUUUUAUCGUGGAUUUAAUAUACAUAUAUAUAUAUAUGUGUGUGUGUUAAGUAGAGUAAUGUUCGAAAAUGCGUGUCCUUGAAAAGUUGGCAAUGACUUAACAUGAGGUUGGUUUCUCCCAUCUUGUGAAAGGAUUUGUCACGACCUCUAGUGGCCAUGUUUGAAAUGAGCCUUCAAAACUGCCCACCAUUUUGACAAGUCCUACAUGUAGAUGAAUAAAAAAAAUCAAUAA